UUCCCUUUUCUUCUCGCUCGUCCCUGGCAGUUCGCGUCGUCUGUGCGUUUCGCGGUCGCUUGUGUCGCCGAUCUCGGAAGAAGAAAAAAAUGCGAUCGUUUCGCGAAUCCCGUCGGAAAGUGCACGCGUCGCAGUGACUCUUCGUUCCGGAAUAUUCCGUCCGCGGCCCGAGGCGAACCGCAGCAUGGCGCCCAACGUGACCAGCUCGCCCUCCGACGUGCUGUACAAGGAGGCGGCGGAGGCGGCGGCGGCGCCGGUGGCAGUCCUGCCGCCGCGCGCUGAGGCCAAGCCGCGCGCGCCCUACCGCCGCCAGAUCGUGUGGCGCAACGUGCUGCUGUUCGCGGCGCUGCACCUGGCUGCCCUGUACGGCGCCUACCUGCUGCUCACCUCCGCCAAGCUACUCACCAUCCUGUUCGCCGUGCUGAUGUACCAGAUGACGGGGCUGGGCAUCACGGCCGGCGCGCACCGCCUGUGGGCGCACCGCUCCUACAAGGCCAAGUGGCCCCUCAAGCUCAUCCUCAUGAUCUUCAACUCCAUGGCGUUCCAGAACGACGUGAUAGAGUGGGCGAGGGACCACCGGGUGCACCACAAGUUCAGCGAGACGGACGCCGACCCGCACAACGCCACGCGCGGGUUCUUCUUCUCGCACGUGGGCUGGCUGCUGGUGCGCAAGCACCCGGACGUCAAGGAGAAGGGCAAGGGCAUCGACAUGAGCGACCUGGAGAGGGACCCCAUCCUCGCCUUCCAGAAGAAGUACUACCUGGUGCUGAUGCCGCUGUGCUGCUUCGUGCUGCCCACACUGCUGCCCAUGUACGGCUGGGGCGAGAGCUUCCGGAACACCUGGUUCGUGGUGGUCAUGUUCCGCUACUCGUGGACCCUGAACAUGACCUGGCUGGUGAACAGCGCCGCCCACAUGUGGGGCAGCAAGCCCUACGACGUGAACAUCAACCCGGCGGAGAACCUGAGCGUGGCGCUGGGCGCCCUGGGCGAGGGCUGGCACAACUACCACCACGUGUUCCCCUGGGACUACCGGGCGGCCGAGCUGGGCAACUACCGCGCCAACCUCACCACCGCGUUCAUCGACCUGUUCUCGCGGGUGGGCUGGGCGUACGACCUGAAGACGGUGCCCGAGACGAUGGUGAAGGGGCGGGUGGAGCGGACGGGCGACGGCAGCCACGCGCUCUGGGGCUGGGGCGACCGCGACAUGACUCAGGAGGACAAGGACUGCGCCCGGGUCGUGGACCCCAAGUCCCGCUAGUCCCGCUAGUCCCUCGCCCCGAGGGUUACCGUAUCGAGCGGCACAUCUCCUUUUUCCAAAUUUCUCUGUCCAUCGUGGUUCUUCUAAGUUGUACGUACGGUCGUCUAACGUGCCUACCGUAUUCUGUUACUUUUGUAACUGAUUAAAUAAUUAAAUGCGCCAGAAUUUUUUUUUUUGGUCAUUCAAUAAAGAGUGUUGGCAAGGGAGAACUAUAAAUGUGCCUGAACAUUCAAUUUUUUUUUUUUUGUUUACAACAUUUGGGACAGUAAUGUUUGUUUUUUUUUUUUUUUUUUUUUUUUUUUUAAACUGCUUUCCUGUCAGCCCCAGGCUUGAGGGCAACCUAAUGUGCAUGCCAUUUGGAUACGGUGAUUUCAAACUAUUUUUUUUGUUUUUAAAGUAGUGUCUGAGUUAUGGCUUCCGCUGGCACACAUUCCAAUCAAAAUGCACAACCUUUUUGAGAAAAAAUUUUCUGAAAGUUGGUGGUAUGUUUACAUUUUUGUGAAAAAUGAUGUCUUUGGUAUUUUAACUUCCUGAAAUUUUGAGAACCAAUGUUUGAAAAUGUUAGUAGGUAUGUUACUGCCAUUAAUUGUUUUAAAUGUUUUCCAUUUUAUAUAUCUUCUUGUAAAGUCUGCUUUGGUUAAAAAUGAAGUGUUUAAGGAGAUUCUAAGUCUCUUUUAUACAUUUACAUUGCAUAUUCUUCCAUCCAAAUGUUAUUUUUUGUAAGAAAGUGUUUUUUCAAAAUAUUGAAUUUAAUCAUGAAUAAGUAAAUCCUUGUGUAUUUUUUUGUGCAUUACAUAAUUAAUUGGUUUUGUGUAAAGGAUAUGUGUAUUUGUAACUUUGUCAGUAACACUACAAGAUUAUUAUACUUAUGACAAGUUUAUUAUUUUUGAGCAAUUUGGUUUUUGUAUAUAGUCAUUGUAAUUUUUGAACUGAAAAAUCAAAUGUUACCUAUGUAUAAAGUUUGUUGUACUGAAUCUAAUGAUGUUUAUAUUUUACACUUAAUUAUAAGGUGAAUGUUACUAAGGACGGAUAAUUUCAAAUCUGUCUGGAUAUAUCUGGUUGUCAUGUUGCAGGUAAUGUUCCAAUUUAAGUCUUAUUAGAUAGUACCUAGUAAUUUAUGAUAUUUGGUAAGUGUAUUAUGUGUUUUGUUGAUAGCACAAUUAGUUUUUAAGUGUCAUCGUCUUUCUGCGAUGGAAACUACCAAAAUGCUGACUACAUCACUUUCUGCUGUCUUCAGAAACAUUUGUGCGUGGCAUCACGCGCUAGAACUGUCUCGCUUGUAGGAUCUACGUGGUACUUACGCUACUUUAAAAACUGUAGGUGUGAUGGCAAAGGAAAGUUCUUAUUUGCGAGUUGCUAUUUUCAUCACAUUUUUUUUUCUUCUAAUGUAGUAGUGGUUUUAUCUUCACUUCAUUUUUUUUUAUCGACCUUCUGCAACAGCAGAGGCGUCCUGGAGCCGUCUUAAGAUUUUGUUUGUAUUUUGUUGUGAUAUUCUGAUUGUGUUGUGAUCUUCACCAUUGAUUUAACAGACUGUUAGUUCUUGAUGCUUGUGACCUGAUGGUGUACUCAAAACACAAAAAAUAAAAACGUUAAAUUUUCA